CCUCAUUUAGGACCUAGAAAAAUGUAUCCAGUGCAUUAUAGAAAUCUCAAAUAUUAUUUGGAGAAGGGAAUGGUAUUAACAAAGAUUCAUAAGAUAAUUAAAUUUGUUCAAAGGCCCUGGCUUAAAGAUUUUGUAAACCUUUGUUGUGAUUUACGACGAAAAGCUACAAACAAAUCUGAACAAGACUUUUUCAAGCUAAUAGUUAACGCAAUUUUUGGACGUAGCAUGAUGAAUGUUAGGAAUCAGCAAAAUGUAUAUAUAGUUAAUAGUAUUGAAACAGCAAAAUAUUAUUCCAGGCUUUCGAACUUCAGAAAAUUUGAGAUUCUUUCUCCAAACUUGGUACUUGUUUUCAUGAGUAAACCUAGUAUUGUAUUGGAUAAGCCAAUAUAUACAGCGUUUUCGGUUUUAGAUCUCAGCAAGUUGUUUAUGCAGGUUUGGCAUUAUGACAAGAUCAAAAAAUGGUAUGGAAUUAAGCCCAGGUUGCUUUUUACAGAUACGGACAGCUUAGCCUAUCAAAUUAAAACCGCUGAUCUUUAUGCUGAUUUAAGACUGGUGAAAAAUGAUUUUGACUUUAGUGAUUUUGACCACACUCAUCCACUUUAUUCUACAGAAAAUAAAAAAGUGAUUGGUAAAAUGAAGGACGAGAGUAACGGAAAAAUCAUGGAUAGUUUUGUGGGUGUUUCUCCAAAAAUGUAUUCCUUUGCAGGCAAGAAUAUCCAUAAGAUUGCUAUGAAAGGAGUCAAACAAUCUUUAGUACGAAAACAUGUAACUCAUAAAGCUUUUAUGGAGACUUUGUUUGAGCAAACAAAGUAUAUGUGCAGAAUGAAUUUGAUUCGUUCAAAGAAUCAUAAACUAACAACUGCAAAUUAUACAAAAGUAGCUUUGCAUAGUUUUGAUUCGAAACGUUUUAUUUUACCCGAUGGAAUUAGUACACUUGCUCACAAUCAUUUUUUGAUUCCUACGUACAACAAGUAAAAUAUUUAAAAUUAACAAGUACCAAUUAUUUAUUUAGUGAAUUAUUGUACAGUUUAAACAUAACAAUAAAAUGAUUACAA